AUUAUGAUUAUGACCAUCAACAGCAGCACUAAUAAUAAUAAUAAUACCAAACAGGUAAUAAUGGUGGGGAGACUUACGAUUUCGAUAGCUAGAUAGAUAGAUAGAUAGAUAGAUAGAUAGAUAGAUAGAUAGAUAGAUAGAUAGAUAUUUUCUUUUUUAUCAGUCUUCAUCCCGUGUUAAAAGCAAUUGAGAAUAUUUCUGCUUGCUAGGUCGGUACCUCUGAAUAUUUUAAACGAUGUCGCAAUCUCUUCACUGAAGUAGACGUCAAGCCAUUUGUUUGGGUAGGUCAGACCAAUCGGACGCAUUGCUUGGAUUCUAUGGGAGCCGAAAAGGAUCUAACAUCGCCUGAAAACGAUCCCUCCAUGCGGAUCACAACGCAAUUGGCUUUCUUCAUAGACCUCUGCAGCUUUAAAACACCGACCAUGGAAGCAUCGUUGCAGUUGCGGUACGAUGUCUGUGAGCGGCAGGUUCAGCAGUGUACGGGCAGCGGCAAUGCUGCGGUCUGAGGCGGUCUAAUCAGUAGGCUACUGCACCUGCAGUAACUGUAGCCUAUGCUAUGCAAGAACAGACUUCAUUUAUUUUAAACUUGGUCUAUCUUAGCCGGAACUUCAUGGAUGUCAUCCACAUCGCAUACAAAUUAAGCUUGUCCGGUCAGCGUUGGCGAGUUUACGGCUUCUAGCCAUGAUUGUUCACCCAGGCAGUAUCUUCAUUAUUAUAAGCCGUGCCACCGCUGUCGGCGGCAGGACAGUCCGACCAGCAGCCGAGGAGAGGUGUUUAGCGAAAUAGCCCAGCUAUGGCUAGCUGCAGAUUCAACGGAGGUGUGAUGCGGCCGCUUAGUAACUUCAGCUCCUCUCGCAGAAACCUGCACGAGUUUGAUUUAGAGUCGCAGCCCUUACAACCAGUAUCUACCACAGAUACGUCCGAAAUCGUGGUUUCUAAGCCGGAUCAUAACUCAACUAACCUCAUGCCUCACGCGUCAGUCGAAGGAGGGGGAGGAUGUAACAGUAGUGGAAACAAAUCGGGUAAAAAGAAAAAUCAGAACAUUGGGCAAAAGCUUGGACACAGAAGAGCCUUAUUUGAAAAAAGAAAACGCCUGAGUGAUUAUGCAUUGAUCUUCGGAAUGUUUGGAAUCGUCGUUAUGGUUAUUGAAACAGAACUCUCUUGGGGAGCCUAUGGAAAGGAGUCUCUUUAUUCAUUAGCUCUCAAAUGCCUGAUAAGCCUUUCUACCCUCAUCCUGCUUGGCUUGAUUAUUAUAUACCAUGCAAGGGAAAUUCAGUUAUUCAUGGUGGACAACGCCGCCGACGACUGGAGAAUAGCCAUGACGUACGAGAGGAUCUUCUUCAUCUGCCUGGAGAUGUUGGUGUGCGCUAUUCACCCGAUCCCCGGGAACUACACUUUCACCUGGACGGCCCGCCUGGCCUUCUCCUACAUCCCGUCCAAGACCGACGCCGACGUGGACAUCAUCCUCUCGAUCCCCAUGUUCCUCAGACUGUACCUCAUCGCCAGGGUCAUGCUCCUGCACAGCAAGCUCUUCACCGACGCCUCAUCCAGGAGCAUCGGGGCCCUGAACAAAAUCAACUUCAACACCCGCUUCGUCAUGAAGACACUGAUGACCAUUUGCCCGGGGACCGUGCUGCUGGUGUUCACCAUUUCCCUGUGGAUAAUUGCCGCGUGGACCGUCCGAGCGUGCGAAAGGUACCACGACAACACGGACAUAACCAGCAACUUCCUCGGGGCCAUGUGGUUGAUUUCGAUCACUUUUCUCACAAUUGGUUAUGGGGACAUGGUGCCCAAUACCUACUGUGGGAAAGGGGUUUGCCUCCUCACAGGCAUUAUGGGUGCUGGAUGUACUGCUUUGGUGGUUGCCGUUGUUGCAAAGAAAUUGGAAUUAACCAAAGCUGAAAAACAUGUACACAAUUUCAUGAUGGACACACAGCUGACAAAAAGAGUGAAAAAUACUGCUGCAAAUGUACUCAGGGAGACGUGGCUAAUCUACAAGAACACAAAACUUGUUCGGAAGAUGGACCAUGCCAGAGUUAGAAAGCACCAAAGAAAAUUUUUACAAGCAAUCCACCAACUUAUUCAAAUCGAAGCUGCGAUGGUUUCACUGUCGCCGUGGACUUGAUAAUUCAAGAUGCAAAGAACAGUUUUUUAAGCUUCAGUAUUUUAUAUUAAGAUGGGUGCAGAAUAGCUUAAAACAAUGUCGUAUUCAUUACAUUAAUGAAAAACCAACAAAACGAGAGGGAGUGGAGAGUCCUAUUUGUGUAUAGAAGAGCUUGUAAUGUUUUGCCGUUUGGGUAAGAGACCCUAGGGUCCUGUGAUGAGUGAUUUUUCUUAUUAUUUUUACCUGCUCUUUAUCACUUUUUACAUUUAUUGUUGUUUAAUUUGUUUUUUAAAAAUUUGUAUUCCUUGGCCGUUAUCAGAUUUGUUGUUGUUGCUGGCUUGUACUGCAUUUGUAUUGGAAUACUGUACUGAUUUUAUAUAUUUUAUAGUCUUAAUAUACUCUAUUAAAAAAAUUACUAUGUGCUGCAACUUUUAUCGACUAAUUUUUGUCUAUGUUUUCUUUUCCUGUUCAUGUCAACAUAAUGCCAUAGAGCUCGGAAGUAAGUCUGAGCGUUUGCCUUUUAUAUAGAAGUGCUCAUUUUGUGUGCAUGCCAUGCGUUCUCUAUUUUAACCAGGCAAAAUCUUACUGUAAACUUACUGGCACUAAAUUUGACUAGUGUAAAUAAUUUGAAUAUUACUAACUGAUUAUCUUGCUUUGGUUCGACGCCAAACUCCAUUUUACUAGUGAAAUACAUGCGAUCCGCAUUUGAUUUUGACUUUUAAAAAAAUGAUAAAAUCUGGUAUUUAUUUGCGGUUGAUAUUUUACACUGUCCAAACUGUGUAUGUGGCAUAGAAGAACGAUCCUUAUGCUUUAUGCUACAUGCUAACGUAGCCAAACCAAUUUCUCAUCAAACAAUAACUGAGUAUUAUAUAAGGGUGAGUGGGAUAUUUCAAAGAGCAAAAUUGUAUAUAACUCUACUGAAACUUAUUUAUUUAUCAUCUUUUGUGAUGAACUGAACCCACUCAAGUUGAAAGGACAUUUUACUACAGUCCAUUUGCUAAUCUGACCUGGUAAGAUGAAUAUUAUAGUCAUAAUAUCAGUGGGUGCUAGUCUACUAGUUAAAACAUCAAAAUUGUGGGUACUAAAGAUAGGAGGGAGCAUUUUCUUCUUACCUAUCAAACCACUUUUCUGAAAUGGAGGCUAACAAUGACAUGGUGCCAUCUUAUCCAUCAAGUGUAGUGUGGUGUGUGUGUGUGUGAGUGUGUGUGUGUGUGUAUAUGUAUACACACACACCCUAUCCCACACACACAAACACACACACACGGAGACACCCACACACACACGUGUGCUUGCGUGUGUGCUGUUGUGGACCGAACAUCUGCUUGGUUGUAAUGAUGUGUAAUGCCUGCUCUUUGCACUGGGGUUGGUCAGGUAGUCAGAAUUAUCAUCCUGUAAUUUCUAGUGGGGAAAAGAACCCCCUCUCUUCUUGUCUCUUCUGCAUUUUCAUCCUUCAACAAUGCAGCAUUAAUCAAGACAACAUUUUUUCAAUCCAUGUUGUAUUACAAAGUUAUUUUACAUUUGAGAAAAUCUGUUGAUUACAGAUAUUUUUCUUUAAAUCAGUCAUACUCUUCCUAUCACACCGAUUCAUCACUGAUAAUGUUAACAGUUGGACAAUGCCAUUAAACCAGAUGGAUUGGAUAAUUGGCAAGAACUGGCAAGUGUUUUCAGCUGGGAGUAUGUUACGAGUCUAACUAGCUUUCUUCCCAAUGUCCUAUUGUCUUGAACUAUUUAAUUUGCACUAAAGUACCACAAUAUCCAGUAUUAUUGAUUAUCGGUCCAACCCCAUGUUCUACUUCUCUUGAAAUGCCCAUUUGGUUUUGCAGUUUGUUUUGCUUUCUGAAUGCCUGCAAAUGGAACUGUUGCUUGAGAAUGUUUUUUUCAAUAUAUGAAUUUUCAUGUUAAUGAAUGUAAAGUAGAGCAUUGUAAUUUUGUGACACUGUAUCUUCUUUUGUAAUUUAGAAGCAACAAAUUAUAUUUGUGUGGAAAUUCUGAAUUUUGUUUCUUAUGUUCACUGAUAUUUUACUGUGGUGUGUUAAAAUGCGGUUCCAAUAUGAAAAAAACAUCUACUCGUUCAGUUGGGACCAGAGAGGAUGACAUCGCAAAUGCACAAACAUCUCCAUGCCCAAUAUCACAAACAUACAAACAUCACCAUGUGCAGUAACACAAACACAUAAACAUCAUCACACCCAGUAACACAAUAGUAUAAACAUUACCAUGUGCAGUAACACAAACAUGCAAAUAUCAUUAUGCCUAGUAACACAAACACACAAAUAUCACCAUGUUCAAUAACACAAAAGUAUAAACAUCACUGUGUGUCGUAAAAGAAAAAGCAAAAUCAUCAGUGCACAGACAAAUUAAUGCAGGAUUCUGCGUUUUUUAUGCAGAAAAGCGAGCCAAAAUCUAGGAAAAAUACACUUCUGUAAAGCAGAUAUUUUGAGGUAUUUUUUCUAAGGAUUACAGCAGGUGAUGACCCUGACUUGAACCACAACAAAAUUAUUAAUGUACCUUUGGGCCAAGCAUCUUUCGGCGUCUUACAGAACAUUUGUGCUG